AUGCGUGUCCCUCUACUCUCCCUCUCUCUCCUUACGGGAACCACCUUGGCAGCCACAUACAAAGCCCACAACUUCUCAACCCCCAUCGACCACUUCCACAACGAAACCCGCUACGCACCACACACAAACCACACAUUCAACCUGCGCUACUGGUUCGACGCCGACCACUACGAACCCGGCGGGCCCGUGUUCGUCAUCGCCGCCGGCGAAACAAACGGCGAGGACCGCUUCGAGUUCCUGUCAAAUGGAAUCGUAACCCAGCUCGCAGCGACAUACCACGGUCUCGGCGUGAUCCUCGAGCACCGCUACUACGGCGAGAGUUACCCGUUCCCCGGCGAUGACGUGAGCGUUGAGGAUCUGCGCUUCCUCAGCACGGAGCAGAGUCUAGCGGACUACGCGUAUUUCGCUCAGAACGUUGUCUUCCCGGGACUGGAAGAGUUUGAUCUUACAGCCCCCAAUACGCCGUGGAUUGCGUAUGGGGGGUCGUAUGCCGGUGCGCAGGUUGCGUUCAUGCGCAAGCUGUACCCCGAUAUCUUCCACGGCGCCGUAUCGAGUUCUGGCGUCACGGCUGCGAUUGUCGACUACUGGAAGUACUAUGAGCCGAUUCGGAAUUAUGGGCCGGUGGAGUGUAUAGAGGCUAUUCAAACACUUACCGAUAUCAUUGAUAGAAUUCUAAUAGACCACCCGGAGAACAAAACAUUGCACAGCCAGCUGAAGAGCGCGUUCGGUGUUGAGUCAGACACCGAUAACAAGGACUUCGUCAACGGCCUCUCCACUCCGCUGGGGACCUUCCAAUCCAGGAACUGGGAUCCGGCGGUCGGGAGCUACGAGUUCAGACACUACUGCGAUAACAUCACGGCCCCGGACCCAGUGUACCCCGUUACCAAUGGCACGGCCAGCUUGCCGGGGCUGCUGAAGGCCGCGGGGUACAACGCAAGUGACACGGCGCUGCUUGCAUCGCUGCGGAAUUACAUCGGGUACAUGAACCCUCCGUCCUCGUCGUCUUCAACCGAAUCCAAAGACGAAGACGAGGACAAGAACGAGGACGAGGACGAGCCCACUGGAAACGAGAGGCUUCCCAAAUCCGAUGGCACAAGCUGGAACUACCAAGUCUGCACAGAAUGGGGGUACUUCAUGCCGGGCUCCUCGGUGCCCCCACACAUAAAACCGCUGAUAUCCCGACUCAUCGACCUAAACUACACGUCCUCGUUCUGCAACUCAAUCUACGGCAUAAGCACGCCCCCGAAUAUCACGCUCAUAAACCAGCACGGCGGCUUCAACUUCUCGUACCCCCGCGUCGCGAUCAUCGGCGGCACAGCGGACCCCUGGCGCGACGCAACGCCGCAUGCUGAGGGCCUGCCAGGGCGGAAAUCAACCGAUGCAGAGCCGUUUAUGCUGAUUGAUGUGCCUGCUGAGAGGGUGUGGGAUGGGAUACGCGGGGCCGUGCACCAUUGGGAUCAGAAUGGGGUGAGUAGCAACCAGACGGGUGUUGAGGUGCCUGUUGAGAUUGUGGCGGCGCAGAGCGAGAUUGUGAGGUUUGUGGGGGUUUGGCUUGGGGAGGAUGAGGAGGAGACCUUGAGUGGGAGUGCGGAGGAUUUGUGA